AUGCUAGUCCUCAGGUUCCUCAAUGUGGUUGCUCCUGCCUACUUCCUGUGCAUCUCCUGUGUGACCUUCGUCCUCCAGCUCUUCCUCUUCAUCCCCAGCAUGUUCAAAGACCCUUCCGCCACCCCGCUCUUCUGCUCCUCCGCUUUGCUGCACGGCGCCCUUUUCCUCUUCCUCUCGGCCAACGCGCUGGGCAACUACAUCCUGGUGAUCCAGAACACCCCUGAGGACCUGAGCAAUGGCAUGAACUGGGUUGGAGGAGGAGGAGGAGGAGCCGAUGGCGUGGCCCCCGACUGGCCCGAUGGGAGCUGCCCCCCUGGCUCGGCCUUACCCAACACCCACUUCUGUAGACUGUGUGCCCGGGUCACCCAAAGGCAUGACCACCACUGUUUCUUCACAGGGAACUGCAUUGGGAGCAGGAACAUGAGGAACUUCGUCAUGUUCUGCCUGUAUACUGCUUUGGCUUGCCUGGAUUCCUUGGUGGCAGGGGUGGCUUACAUUUCCACUGUGCUCUCCACCUCCUUUGCCAACCCACUGGCAUUCCUCACUCUCCUGCCUCAGUCCAUCAGCCAGUUCUUCUCAGGAGCUCUGCUAAGCUCGGAAAUGUUUGUCAUCCUCAUGCUAUACCUCUGGCUGGGGAUCGGACUCGCCUGCGCCGGCUUCUGCUGCCACCAAAUGCUGCUGAUCUUGCGAGGCCAAACGCGGUACCAGGUGCGGAAGGGGGUGGCGGCACGAGCCCGUCCUUGGAAGAAGAACCUGGAAGAGGUCUUUGGGAAGAGGUGGCUGCUCGGACUGCUCAUCCCCGUGUUCAACGUAGGAAGCGACUAUCACAGGCAGAAGGAGAAGUGACCCCGCCCGGCACACAGGUGCGC